AUGGCUACUCGCCUGGUAGCAGCUGGAGCAGAUGCCCCUGGACCUCCUGCAUGCGCCGAGCUCGGGCCUGCUCCCUCUCGAUGCGCGCCAGGGUCACCCCCUGCUGGGUCUCCAUCCUAUCAAGGCGCUCAUCAUACGCCGCCAUCCGGGUCUGGUACUCGGCAUGGUGAGCCGAAUACUGCUGCUGAAACUGGAUCUGAUAGUCGUAGAGCUGCUGAUUCUAGAGACGCAGCUGCUCGAACUGCUGAGUGA